CACUUUCCGAUGCCACAAAUUCGCUGCAAAAAUAUCCUCAAUUCGAAGAAUGCUUUCAACUAUACCAAUCAAGGGUCUCCCUGAACUCUGAAGUGAAAGCAUGGGACCCUCCAGUCCCAUCAGUUACAUAAUGUGAUAAACUUUGUUCUAGCGACAUGGGCCGUUCGAUCAUACAAUUCUUGUCAGAUGGAACCCCACCAGACACAUUAAGGCUCCAUCUAGUUUGGGAUUUUGCCAACAUCAUGAUCUUACUAUGAUCUUUUAGUUUCUUUGAUCAAAAUCGUGGGCUUUACAUUUAACAAACAAAACCACAGUACACAAAACACACGCGCUUGAAGCUGGCCAACCGCUAAUUCUGUAUGAAGUUCUGUUGGAGAGUCUUGUCUGAAAGCCCUUUUUGUUUGCUUACUCAAUUUUGUUUAGUUUAGCCUUAGCCAUUGCAGUUAGCUCAAACUCAUACCUCUCUCUCAACCAACUUCACCUUUUCUAUUUUCUUUUUUUUUUUUUCUUUUUUAUGGUACUGAGUUUAUUUUCCGACUAUGAAAAGAUUAUCAUCUUCAAAAAGGGUAGUGAACAAUGUGGUUAAGGGGGAGAUAGAGUGGGAGCUUAGGCCUGGUGGCAUGCUUGUUCAAAAGAGGAACGUGGGGGAUGCUUCUUCUGGACCUAUGAUCAAGAUCAAAGUUUCUCAUGGUUCUUAUCACCAUGAUAUUACUGUGGCUGCUCAAUCCACUUUUGGGGAUCUGAAAAAGGUUCUUGCUCAAGAAACUGGUUUGGAGCCGAAGGAGCAGAGGCUAUUGUUCCAAGGGAAAGAAAAGGAUGAUGAGGAAUGUUUGCAUAUGGUAGGAGUAAAAGAUAUGUCAAAGGUGGUACUUUUAGAGGAUCCAGCUAGCAAAGAAAGGAAGCUUGAGGAGAUGAAGGGAAAUCAAAGUGUGGUCAAAGCCUGUGAAGAGGUUGCCAAGGUCAGAGCAGAGGUUGAUAAACUCUCUGUAAAGGUUGUUGCUUUGGAGGCAAUUGUUCGUGGAGGUACCAAGGUUGCAGAAAAGGAAUUCCUAGUCUUGACAGAGUUGCUUAUGGUGCAAUUGCUCCAAUUGGAUACGAUUGAGGCUGAUGGCGAAGCCAAAGUCCAGAGGCGGGUUGAGGUCCGUCGUGUCCAAGGUCUUGUGGACACCCUAGACAAUUUGAAGGCUAGAAACUCAAGUCCCUUCAGCAGUAGUUGCAAUGCAGUGUCAGUGAAUACCAAAUGGGAGGCAUUUGAGUCUGGGGUAGGAAGCCUGACUGCCCCAGUCCCCCUACCAUCCUCUACAAGAAUAACUCAAGAUUGGGAAGUAUUUGAUUAAGCACAGAUACAAAUCUCAGUCAGUAAUGUAAAAAUGUGAAACAAAGGCUGUAUGCUGGUAUAGGAUCAAAACUCCAUCUCAGUACGGUUUUAUUUGCUCGUUGGUAUCUUCUUAAUCCACGCCAUGCCCGUGAAACAGGACAUGUAAAUAGGAUCACCCAUGAAUCUUCAAGCAAAUAUUAAUCUUUUAUGAACCUCAUAACUGCUGUAGUUACCGUCGUACACCGCCUGUUUGCAAGCUCCCCAUCAUUCUAGAUCCCGUGAAUUACCUGUUUUCAUGAACUAAUGAAUUUGGCAAGCGCCAGUUGUUUACUCAUUAAAAAUAAAAACAACUCCUGGACAAUUGACAUAAUCAUUCCGUCAAAAUUAAAUUUGAUAAUUUUAAACACAUGUUGACAUGAUGUAAAAUGUGUUAACAUGAUAUAAAAAUUUCAUAUUUGGAGCAUGUUUGACAA